AUGCACGUGAAGCGGCUCACCCUUACUUCCAAGAAGAACUGGUGGAUGGUUGAAGUCGACGAACCAGAAGAGAAAAUCGAGUCCCCAACUUCGACCAAAUCCUUCUCGUCGUCCGAGGAAACUGCCGUCAACCAUGAUGAUAGCCUCUUUAAGCACCGUAUUGGCGACAAAGAAAACAAUGACACCUCACCCAACCCCUCAAUACCCAUUUUCCGCCCUCCUCGCCACCCGACGUCCAUUUUCUCGUUCCCAACUCCAACCGCCUACGCUGCUCCACCAAACCCCACUUCUCACCUCGCACCCGUUGCCCAGGGGUCUGCUUCAGAACUUUUCAAGUGUGUGGUCAAGAAACCUGAAGUCGUCCAGCUCGAGAUAAACGGCGAGAUGCAGACGAACGCCUUCGAUGUCACCACACAAUUUCUCGCCGAGCUACGUGUCUACACCACGGUGUCACGGCAUCGUAACAUUUGUGCGUUCUUGGGCUCACUUGAGAACGUGGGGAUGGUUCUCGAGUACAUUGACGGACGUACACUUUACGACGUAAUCAAGGUUCGACCAACGCUCGAGCGCGCAAAGAAGAUCGACUUCCACAACCAGCUGCUGGACGGCAUGACACAUCUUCACUCGUAUGGCCUCAGCCAUGGCGACCUUUCUCUACUCAAUAUCCAGGUGACAUCACCUUCGGACACGGUCAAACUCCUAGACUUUGGACGCUCGGUGUCGAUGGACUCGACGUUUACCUCUCCAGAUGGCGACCCCGUUGACCCGUUCGCACACCUGGGCCGGAAGCCGGGAAGUAGAACAAUGACGCGCCUGGCUACAAAGCAGGUCGAGCAAAUACACCCUGGCACGCGUCCAUUUGCCGCACCUGAGGUGCUGCGCGGGGAAUGCCAGGAUCCCAUCCUCGCAGACGCAUACAGCUUCGGCAUGAUACUCGUCUCAAUCGACCGGUGCGAGACCGUGGACGUAAAGCCAUGGGAUCAGCGCAAGGACAAGAUACCCGCGUCGUUGUUUGACGGCUGUGAAGUCUUCGAGGAGCGGGCGAAAAAGUACCUCGCGAAAUGGAAUACCCGUAGGCGGCUAAUGAGAGAAGAUUUGAUGAACGGGCAGGCAUGAUUUUCUCUUGCUUCGUGUGUUUUGGUUUACUUUCGUAUGAAUUCUUCCUUUGCGAACAGUCGGGGCGUUUAAGCAGAAAACGAUAAUUGUGAUAAUUGCAUACUAGUAUACAUCUAGUGAUAUCCCCAGCUCAGCAUAUCUUGCAUUGUAUUGUACCUUUAGUACCUCACCAAACAUUGGUCUUUUUCG